AUGUCCACCCAGAAAUACACUCUCCCACCCCUUCCCUACGCCUACGAUGCCCUUGAACCCAUCAUCUCCUCCCAGAUAAUGACCCUCCACCAUCAAAAACACCACCAAACGUACAUCACGAACCUGAACGCCUCGCUCGAGGCACAAGCUAGUGCCACGCAAGCAAACAACGUCCCCUUGCUCAUCUCUCUUCAGCAAAAAAUAAAAUUUAACGGCGGCGGUCAUAUUAACCACUCCCUCUUCUGGGAGAAUCUGGCACCGUAUAAUUCGCCCGCCACGGACAUUGUCGCGUCCGCUCCGGAGUUGAAGCGCGCAAUUGAGGGCCAGUUCGGCUCUGUAGAGGCGUUCAUCAAGGCCUUCAAUACUGUUCUACUGGGAAUCCAGGGGAGCGGAUGGGGGUGGCUUGUCAAAGACUCGGCGGGCAAACUGGACAUUGUGACGACAAAGGACCAGGAUCCUGUCACGGGGCUUGUGGCGAUCUUUGGUGUUGAUAUGUGGGAGCAUGCGUAUUACUUGCAGUAUUUGAAUAACAAGGCGGCGUAUGUGGAGGGUGUGUGGAAGGUGCUGAACUGGGGGGUAGCGGAGGAAAGAUUCAAGAGUGGUGUUCCAAUUGAGGUCAGUGGAGGUGGGAUUAAGCUGUAAAUGGGCGGGUGCUAGCAUCCUGCUCAGUAUCUCCUUUUGACUAGAAUCUAUAGAUGAGAUAGGGCUUCUUGACUCUGCUUGUCUCGUUUUAUCUUCAAGCGUGCUCAUGAC